CCAAGCCGCCCGCCCACCUACGGUAUUCAAGGUGUACAGCCUACCGAGGUAAGAAUGACGUCCAUUGACGUGGUAGGGUACUAGUUUUACCAGCAUUUAAAUCCAGAGUCGCAAUGUGAAUCUCAGUUCAGAAAUGGCGCGACUACCCCCCAACAUCCUCGCGCUCUUCGCCCAGGCGUUGAAGAGCUUCGAGUCCUCCGCUGCCACGUUCCGCGUGCUAUGCUCCCUCCCAGCCGUGUCUGCCACCAUGGCAGGCGAGGAGAUUAUCGCGGAGCCCCCGCGCCGACCGCCGAAGCAUAUCCUCGUGCUCGACUCCUCGUUCAAUCCGCCCACACUUGCGCACCAUCGCAUGGCGAUCUCCGCCCUAUCCGACCCGCAAUAUAAGACAAAGGUGCCGCAUGACACGGAGGUAGAAGAAUCACAUGGGAUGUCCGAGACGAGCGCCGCAUCGCGGGUCUUGCUUCUCCUAGCAAUUCACAACGCGGACAAGGCGCCCAAGCCAGCGUCUUUCCCGCAGCGACUGGCCAUGAUGUACCUCUUCGCGCAAGAUAUCCUCGCAGAAACAACAAAGAAACAAGCCGUGGAUGGAAAUUCUCAGGCUUCGAAUAUAGGAUGCGAAGCCGUAGACAUAGCCGUCACCACGGAGCCCUACUUCCACGCUAAAGCGCAAGCCAUCGCCAUAAGCGACUUCUAUCUCGGCGCAGAGAAACUAGACGAGCCAGAGUCUAUCGUGAGCAUGGACAACGCCGUUGAUUCCGAGCAGGUAUAUCUCGCGGGGUACGAUACCCUUAUCCGGAUCUUCAAUCCGAAGUACUACCCCAAUAACUCCAUGAAGGGCUCUCUGGACCCGUUCUUCGCGCACGCUAAACUCCGAAUCACGAUGCGCACGGACGAUAGCUGGGGCGAUGCGGCGGCGCAGAUCGCGUAUCUGGAUGAGUUGAGGAAUGGGAAGCUUGAGGAAGUCGGCGGACGAGCGGGGUGGGUUGAUAGGAUUGAGAUGGUGCAGGGACGGAAGAGCGAUGAGGCUAUUGUUAGUAGUACGAAAGUCCGUGAUGCUGCGCGUGCGCAGGAUUGGAACGCGCUUGAGGCGCUCGUUGGCGAGGAGAUAGUUGCUUGGAUUAGGGAGAAUGGCUUGUAUGAUGAUGACGACGAUGUAUGACAUUCCGUGCAAAUAAUAUUGAGCGCAUGGCAAAAGGGCGGUAGAUAUAUACAGUGUAUUAUUCAUGGUGUCAUAGAUUCUGUUGUCACGCAGCAUGAGCGCUAGAAUGGUGUUGACCUUGGGUAUGAUGGCGACCCAUCUUUCAAGAACGGUUUAACAUGACCGGGCAUUAAGACUGAGAUGUUGAUUGCAAGCAUCGUACUGCAGACUGCCAGGCUCUUGCGUCAACGAGGAGUGUAUACCUCAGAAUGACUAUCGUGAAGACAUCAAGACUGUAAUCGUGGCACUAUUUCCGGCGUAGAAAACACUAAGGCGAGAGGUUCACGGCGUUUGCAGGAAGUCAAAGGUAUUGGCGCAAGAUUUACAUCUUGUCAUUUUUAUCUAUCUACCUAUCUACGAAACUAUCUAAAGAUGGCCGAACUCGGACUGAUCCUCUUUGAUGGAACAUGAAAUGCGACGUUGAUUCCCCAUCCACAGAUGAAGACGCCCUGCCUAUGGUUAACAAUCUGUACUGCAUGCAUUCGUUCCAUUUCGUCAAUCAUCCUGACCAAAUCCUUAAAUGA